GGUAGUUUGUGCAGCCGCAGAAGGAAGCGGAGAGCGCCGUAAACAUGGCUGACAGUGGAGUGACAGAUGGGUCUUUAAAGAAAGAUGAAAUUGAACGAUCAAAGAGUGAAGGCAGAGAGCUGACCAAAGAGGAGAAGCAACGGCUAAGGAAAGAGAAGAAACAACAGAAGAAAAACAAAGAGAAAAAAGAUGACAACGCUUCACAGGAAAGUGAGAAAGAAAAGAAGUCUGUCAGUUCAUCUUCUUCAGCUCCCCAACCCCCAACACAACCUGCAACACAGAAAGCUCCCUCUGCAGUGCCUGCUCCUGCACCAGCUGUGGUGCCUGCCUCAGAAACUCCUGCCCCAGUAGAGAAACCAGCUAAGAGUAAAGCAGAGCUAAAAGCUGAGAGGAGAGCUCGACAAGAGGCUGAGAGGGCCUCCAAACAGGGCAAGAAGGGAGAAACGGGCCAGCAGGCUGCUACUGGCAAACCCAAAGCACCACCCAGUGAACUGCAGCCAGUGGUCAAGAGGCUACCAGAGCAUAUCCAAGUGGACAACCCAGAUGUUUUAAAGAAACUGGCCAAGAAGUUGGAAAGACAACAAAUCCCUCUCCGGUUAGACUAUGGCUACAAAGUCAGUCUGUUUUCUCAUCUCCACCAGUACAGCCGCAAAGCCCCCCUAACACAGCAACUCAGCAUUCCCUCCUCAGUGAUUCAUCCCGCUAUUGUUCGACUGGGUCUCCAGUAUUCACAGGGCAUUGUGGCAGGGUCCAACGCUCGCUCUGUAGCCCUGUUGCAUGCCUUCAAACAGGUAAUAAGGGACUAUACAACACCUCCAAAUGAGGAGCUCUCCAGAGACUUGGUCAACAAAUUGAAACCUUACAUCAGUUUCUUGAAUCAGUGUCGCCCUCUAUCUGCCAGCAUGGGAAAUGCAAUCAAAUAUAUCAAGAAGGAGAUCUCUAAUAUUCCUAGUCAGUGCAAAGAAGAAGAGGCAAAGGGCAAACUGCUCAACUGUAUCGAGUGCUACAUUAAUGAGAAGAUCAUUCUUGCUGCUAAAGCUAUUGCUAAGUACGCCAUAGAAAAGAUCAGUGAUGGCGAUGUCAUCCUAGUCUAUGGAUGCUCAUCAUUGGUUAACCACAUCUUGUGCGAGGCCUUUGAGAAGAACAGGAAGUUUCGUGUGAUCGUUGUGGACAGCAGACCUCGACUGGAGGGCAGGGAGGCCCUGAGGCGCCUGGUCCAGAGAGGCAUCAGCUGCACAUACGUCCUCAUUUCAGCUGUUUCCUACAUCCUUCCAGAGGUAUCAAAGGUGUUCCUUGGUGCUCAUGCUCUGCUCGCCAACGGGUAUGUCAUGUCUCGUGUGGGGACAUCACAAAUAGCUCUGGUGGCCAAAGCCUUUAAUGUGCCUGUGCUGGUGUGCUGUGAGACCUACAAGUUCUGUGAGAGGGUGCAGACAGACUCCUUUGUGUCCAAUGAACUAGAUGACCCUGAUGACCUCAUUGUGACUCGGAAAGGGAAGACCCAGCUCGAGGACUGGCAGCAAGUGCCGCUGCUCGGCUUGCUGAACCUGGUGUACGACGUGACGCCACCUGAUUUCGUGGAUCUAGUCAUCACUGAUCUGGGAAUGAUCCCCUGCACCUCAGUCCCUGUGGUGCUGCGGGUGAAAAACGUGGACCUGUGAACAGUCUCCAGCUCACAUCCAUCUGAGCCAAGAGACAUGACUGCCGAUCUGUUUCUUGGAGUUUGUGUGCAUAGAUGUCUGCACACAACGGAACACACACAUCAUCGUGCUUUUAGCAUGCAAUAAAAUAUAUCUGAAACAGCAUAAGCUUUUUAAA